GCUCCUCCUGCUCCCACUGAGGCGGCGAUGAUGUCGGUGCGCGUGGCGGCCCCUCCGGCCGUGGAGCUGAAGGAGCUGGGCGGCGGGCCGCUGGACAAGGCCGGAGGAGGCGGCGGCGGCGGCGGCGGAGGAGGAGGGGGGUCCGGGGCCUGCGCUCAGGCCGCCUCCGCGCCUCCCAACCCGGCGCCUCAGCCGCCAGCCGAGUCCGGCCCGCCAGUCGCGGGAGGCGGAGGCGCGCGCGGCCCCCGCCAAGGGCCUCAGGCUUCGGCCAUGAAGCGCAGCGAGCCCCCGCCGGCCUCCUCGCGGGCCCAGCAGCAGCAGCCUCGGCUGGCCGGCGACGGGGGCGACAGCAGCGGCGGCGGCGGAGGCGCGGGUGGGCAGCUGGGCGAGGCCCUGGUCAGCCCCGACGGGACCGUCACGGAGGCGCCCCGCACCGUCAAGAAGAUCCAGUUUGCGGACCAAAAGCAAGAAUUCAACAAGCGCCCCACAAAGAUUGGCCGCCGUUCAUUGUCCCGAUCCAUCUCUCAGUCGUCAACGGAUAGCUACAGCUCUGCUGCCUCCUACACAGACAGCUCUGACGAUGAGACCUCCCCCCGGGACAAGCAGCAGAAGAACACCAAAGGCAGCACUGACUUCUGCGUGAAAAAUAUCAAGCAGGCUGAAUUUGGGCGCCGGGAAAUAGAAAUUGCCGAGCAAGAAAUGCCUGCACUCAUGGCCUUGAGGAAACGAGCUCAGGGAGAGAAGCCGUUGGCUGGAGCCAAGAUCGUGGGCUGCACGCACAUCACAGCCCAGACUGCUGUUCUCAUGGAAACCCUUGGUGCCUUGGGUGCUCAGUGCCGGUGGGCUGCCUGCAACAUCUACUCCACCCUCAAUGAAGUAGCUGCUGCCCUGGCUGAGAGUGGAUUCUCCGUUUUUGCCUGGAAGGGAGAAUCUGAGGAUGACUUCUGGUGGUGCAUUGAUCGCUGCGUCAAUGUUGAGGGGUGGCAGCCAAAUAUGAUCUUAGACGAUGGUGGAGAUCUCACACACUGGAUCUACAAGAAGUACCCCAACAUGUUUAAGAAGAUCAAGGGGAUUGUAGAGGAGAGUGUCACUGGCGUCCACAGAUUGUAUCAGCUAUCAAAGGCAGGCAAGCUGUGCGUCCCAGCUAUGAAUGUCAAUGACUCUGUCACCAAGCAGAAGUUUGACAACCUCUAUUGCUGCCGGGAAUCCAUUUUAGAUGGCCUUAAAAGGACAACUGAUAUGAUGUUUGGAGGAAAGCAAGUCGUAGUCUGUGGCUACGGAGAGGUGGGCAAGGGGUGCUGUGCUGCCCUGAAGGCCAUGGGCUCUAUUGUGUACGUGACAGAGAUUGACCCCAUUUGUGCCCUGCAAGCCUGCAUGGACGGCUUCCGUAUUGUGAAACUCAACGAAGUGAUUCGGCAAGUCGACAUUGUUAUCACUUGCACAGGUAACAAAAACGUAGUGACCAGAGAACAUCUUGACAGAAUGAAGAACAGUUGCAUCGUUUGUAACAUGGGGCAUUCCAACACUGAAAUUGACGUGGCAAGCUUGCGUACUCCGGAGCUGACCUGGGAGCGGGUGAGGUCUCAGGUAGACCACGUGAUUUGGCCUGACGGGAAGAGGAUAGUGCUGCUGGCAGAGGGACGCUUGUUGAACCUGAGCUGCUCCACAGUCCCAACCUUUGUGCUGUCAAUAACAGCGACUACCCAGGCUCUGGCCUUGAUAGAGCUCUACAACGCCCCGGAAGGACGCUACAAGCAGGACGUGUACCUGCUGCCUAAAAAAAUGGAUGAGUACGUGGCAAGCCUUCAUCUCCCAACAUUCGACGCACACCUGACGGAGCUUUCGGAUGAGCAAGCGAAAUACUUGGGUCUAAAUAAACACGGGCCUUUCAAACCAAACUACUACAGGUAUUAAUUUCCUGUGGCUGUAGCUGGAAGGAAGGGGAGGAGCAAGAACCUCAAGACCUCUCUCGGCUACCGUACAGGACAAACCAGUACAAGCUUCUGAACAUAGAACCAGGCUUGCUGCCGUAGUACACAGUGUGUUAGGUUAUUUAUUUAUUAAACUAGAAUACUGUAAA